AAACAUAAAGAACAUAAAUGGAGUUGUCUUAUAAAAUGAUUUUAGCUCUUUUUUUAGCUUCACGCUUAGUCGAGAUGGCGGUUUUGGCCACGACAACAAACGAGAACGAAUUAGUGACGUUCGUGUUUGGUGAUUCUUUGACUGAAGUUGGCAAUAACAAUUACUUACAGUAUUCACUUGCCAAGUCUAAUUAUCCUUGGUAUGGUAUUGAUUUUCUGGGAGGGAAAUCAACCGGAAGGUUUACUAAUGGAAGAACUAUCGGCGAUAUAAUAUCUGCGAAACUUGGGAUUCAGUCUCCUCCACCGUACCUGUCUUUGUCUCCAAAUGAUGAUAAGUUGCUCGAAGGUGUAAAUUAUGCAUCAGGAGGUGCUGGAAUUCUUAAUGAUACGGGACUUUAUUUCUUACAACGACUGUCGUUUGACGAUCAAAUUAAUAGUUUUGGGAACACAACACUAGCUAUUAAGGCAAAGGUUGGGAAAGAAGCUGCUAAUGAGCUUCUAAAUAAAGCUGUUUACUUUGUUGGCAUAGGAAGUAACGAUUAUGUUAACAAUUACUUGCAGCCCUUUAUGGUAGCAGGACAGGAGUAUUCGCACGAUGAAUUCGUGGACGUUUUAACGGUCACGUUAGAGCAACAACUUGUGAAGCUCCACCAACUGGGCGCACGCAAGGUGAUCUUCCAUGGUCUUGGUCCUCUAGGUUGCAUACCAUCUCAAAGAGUGAAAUCUAGGAAAGGGAUGUGCUUAACCGAAGUAAACAAAUGGGCACAACAAUUCAACUUUAAAGUCCAAAAAUUGGUCCUCAAUUUAAACAAUCGCCUCACUGAUGCAAAUUUCGUAUUUGCUGAUACCUACCAACAUGUUCUUGAUCUCAUCACAAACCCACAAUCAUUCGGUUUCAAAGUAUCCAACACAUCGUGCUGUAACGUUGAUACAUCAAUAGGAGGACUAUGCUUGCCAAAUGCAAAAGUGUGUAAAAACAGAAAGGAUUAUGUCUUCUGGGAUGCUUUUCAUCCAUCAGAUGCAGCUAAUGCUGUAUUAGCUGAAAAGCUCUUCACCAGUCUAUUUCCUAAUGCUACUACCAAUACAAAAAAGCCUUCUAUCAGGAAGGCACUCCGACAUCCAUGAUCAUUAGUUAUUAGUAUUGGGGUAAUGUAACAUUGAACAAUCAAAUGAUAUACCAGUUUUACAGAGACGUGACAUUUAUUAAUCUCUGAUAUAAUCAUAUUAUCGGAGUGUGUCAAACUCAAUAAGACAACAAAUAACUCAUCAAAUCCAUUAAUAUCAAUUGAAGUAAUAUCUUUCAUCCAUCAAUAUGAAUUCACCCAUGUUAUACACCAAAAAAAAUUCUUAUGACAUAAAUAGAAACCUCGGCAUUAUUAUUCACGCUUUUCAUUUGAUGAUUGAAUUUUUUUUUCCAAACCUCAUCAAAUCACACAUCAAUAAAUAUGAACAUUUUAUGUUUUAAUUUUAACUUUUGAUGUAUGGUUGGAGUUCUUAUAGAAGAAUAGAUUUUCUUUCAAUGAAAUCCAAAGACCAAAAUCAAUAGGAGUAAAUAAUAUUUAGAAAAAGUUGGUUAACAUUGCUCUCAGACUAAGGCCAAAGUUUUUCCACAGAUAGCAUUUCAUCGAAGAACAACAGCCUACUAAAGAAACUUUAAGACGAAGAAAUUAACAUAAAUUUGCUUUCCUCUAUGCUCUAACACUGCAAAAGACUUUUAAGAAUCUCUUACAAAGUUUAGAGAAA